AAAAAAAAAAAAAAAAAAGACUGCGCGCAAGGUAAGGAGCGGGAGACUGAGGCAGGAAGGUUGGAGCUGGCCAGGGGCCACCCGCCAAAUGUCACCCGGGGGUGCGCGUGGGCGGGGGCAAAGCUUCAGCGCUUGGCUGGCGGUUGGUCCUGCGCUGGCGGUUGGUCCUGCUCGCGGCUAGCAGGACCCCCUAGGUCUCGAGGGACGGAUUCUAAACCACUGCACGUUGCCCAGGAGACCCCAGUGAUGGCACUGUGGACUCGCCUGUAUGGCCGCGUCCUGGAAAGCUCUAGGGUGAUGCCCACCAUCAGUGAAGAAGGCCCUUCAGGAGGAAGUGAAAACCAUGGAUCUGGCUGCCCUUCACAACCAGAUGCAGAUUCCCAUUUUGAACAGCACAUGAUGUCCAUGCUAGAAGAAACAGACAUUGCUCAGAGCACACUGAUAGAGACUCAAGAAACAUUGGCGUUGACCCAGGGGAAAUUACUCGAGGUUGGUCAUGAGAGAGAUUCGUUGCAGAGACAACUCAAUACUGCGCUUCCACAGGAGUUUUCAACGCUUGCAAAAGAGCUCAACAUUUGCAGGGAACAGCUGCUUGAGAAGGAAAAAGAAAUUGCUGAACUAAAAGCAGAAAGGAACAACAUGAGGCUGUUCCUGGAACAUCUGGAGUUCCUUGUCUCCAGGCAUGAACGCUCUCUCGAAACGACUGUGAUGAAGCGGCAGGCGCGGUGUCCUGCAGAUGUGUCCACAGAGAUGGAAGUGCUAAAAGCACUGACAUUCUUAUUUGACCACCACAAGACCCUGGACAAAGAGGUGCGAGAGCAAUUACGUGUAGCACUGCAAAGGUGCAGCUUGCUGGAAGAGGAACUGGGCGCCACGCACAAGGAGCUAAUGGCUCUUAAAAAACAGAAUAAUGAGAAAAAAUCACCAAGAGAUGGAGUGCUUGACCAUGAACAAGAAGAAACACCAAGCACUAAUGGAAAGUUGCUAGCUUGCAGAGAAGAAGAACGAGAUGACAAGACAACGAUAAAAUGUGAAACUUCCCCUCUCUCCUCUCCGAAGUCCCUUCAGCUAGACAGGCUGCACACAGGGGCGUUGCAAAUAGUCAGCCACGAGGACAUCAGGGACAUGCAAAAAUCAAAAAGUGCCCAGGAUGGUCCUGUGAGCAAUCCCAGUAGCAGUGACAGCAGGCAGGACUCGCCCCACAAAGCCCCAAAGAAGAAGGGCAUCAAGUCCUCCAUUGGUCGUUUGUUUGGCAAAAAGGAAAAGGGUCGGCCUGGACAAACUGGCAAAGAAUCACCAGGACAAGAAACCUCAUCUCAGGAUGCGUACCGACUUAGCAAAUUGGGAGGAAAGGCUGAAAAAAAUCGAAAAUUUCAAAAAAACUCAACAGGCUCCCAGGAAGGUCCUGUGAACAAUGCCAGUACCAGUGACAGCAGGCAGGACGCGCUCCACAAAGCCCCAAAGAAGAAGAGCAUCAAGUCCUCCACUGGUCGUUUGUUUGGCAAAAAGAAAAAGGGUCCACCUGGACAAACUGGCAAAGAAUCACCAAGACAAGGUGGGCCGGUUUUAGGCAGCUGUCCUAACUGCUGGGAUUGGGAGAGCGUGAGCUUUUUCCUAUGUACCUGCCACAGGUGUCCAGUGCCCACAAGGAAUCAUUCCCAGGAAGGUCCUGUGAACAAUGCCAGUACCAGUGACAGCAGGCAGGACGCGCUCCACAAAGCCCCAAAGAAGAAGAGCAUCAAGUCCUCCACUGGUCGUUUGUUUGGCAAAAAGGAAAAGGGUCCGCCUGGACAAACUGGCAAAGAAUCACCAAGACAAGCCGUUGUUUCUGAAACGGAAAACUCAUCUCAUGAUGCCUUCCAACUUAGCAAAUUGGGAGGAAAGGAUGAAAAAAAUCAUCAACUUCAAAAAAAGCCUGAGUUGCUGGAGGAAGCCCAGAGGCAAGGCUUACCAUUUUCACAGUGGGACGGGCCAACCGUGGUUGAAUGGCUGGAGCUCUGGGUUGGGAUGCCUGCUUGCUAUGUGGCUGCCUGCAGAGCAAAUGUGAAAAGUGGGGCCAUCAUGUCAGCUCUGUCAGACAGACAGAUCCAGCAAGAGAUUGGCAUCAGCCACCCUCUGCACAGACUGAAGCUGCGGCUGGCCAUCCAGGAAACCCUGUGGCUCACCAGCCCUUCGGCUCCACCCACAUUGAAAAAGACCACAGGAAAUGUCUGGUUAACACAUGAAGAGAUGGAAACACUCGCAGCCACAUCUCAGAUGGAAGAUGAGGAGGGAAGCUGGAUUCAGACACUUGCAUAUGGGGACAUGGACCACGAGUGGAUUGGCAAUGAGUGGCUGCCCAGCCUGGGCCUACCUCAGUACCGAAGCUAUUUCAUGGAGUGCCUUGUGGAUGCUCGGAUGCUGGACCACCUGACCAGGAAAGACCUGCGGGGGCGGCUGAAAAUGGUUGACAGUUUUCACAGGAACAGCUUCCAGUGUGGACUUAUGUGCCUGAAAAGGUUAAAUUAUGAUCGUAAAGAACUGGAAAGAAGAAGAGAAGAAAGUCAGCAUGUAGUUAAAGAUGUGCUUGUUUGGAGCAAUGAUCGAGUGAUUCGCUGGGUCAUAUCCAUUGGCCUUAAAGAAUAUGCAAACAACCUCAUAGAGAGUGGGGUUCAUGGCGCACAGCUGGCCUUAGAUGAAGCCUUCGAUUACAACACAUUGGCCCUGUUGUUACAGAUCCCGACAGAGAACAGAAAGGCUCGAAAUGUCUUGGACAAAGAAUUUGCCGACCUUUUGGUCCUUGGGACUGUCAGACGUUUUGAUGUUGAGCAUGACAAACACUUUAGGAGAGCACCUUCAUGGAGAGAGAAGGUUAGAGAAAAGGCCAUUCAUGGCGUGGCAACUGGGUCAUCAGAGACACUCCCUGCAAACUUCCGAGUCUCUUCUUCCAAGUCUUCCCACUCUGUGCAGCCCAAUGAGAUCCAGAUGGAUGGCAGUGUAUCAGAAACACAGAAGUUGGAUUCUGCGACAGUCAGGACUUCCUCCCGUUAAGCCUCCUGUUGGUGAGUAGAGAGCAGCGUAAUCCCUGGAGAUCAUCCCUGUACAGCAGGGUGAAGCUGUAACAGGGCUAACAGUGUGGGUUUAGACCAUGCCAAUUUACAUGGGGAACUUCAAAAUGACAGAAAUAGUAGCUCUGUACCCAUCAAGGCGAUUUUGGUUUUUAGCUGACCAUAAAGAGGGCUGUGUGUCAUUUUUGUUCUGUUAACUUUUAUUUUUAUUAGUAAGUUAGUUGUACUUAAAUUCAUCAUGGAGAGUUGGUACCUGUACUAGGACAUCUUAAAUCUUUUUACCUCCCCUCUCCUGUGUCCCUUGUGUCUCCAGUUUUAAAGAAAAACACGUGCCACUGAGUAAAUCCUGGAAAAACAGGACUUUUUGUCUUGUAAGCUGACAAUAAAUUGCACCUUGAGCAAUC